CAUGGAGUGCGGCGCGAGGUCCAGUGUUUCCUCCCGCUGCGGGGCGGCGCGUGCCCAGUGGAAGGGGCGGUUCCCGGACCACAGGAAGGGGAGCCAGGUCGCGCGGACUUUCCCUUUUGCCUACUUCCCAGUCUCGGGCAGGCGGGCUCGGAGGUGGCGAGAAAGCGCAGCCUGGCUGCGGCUCGGGGUCGUCCCAGAUUGAAUCACUGGACAAUGCCACAUACUUUGUGGAUGGUAUGGGCCUUGGGGGCCAUCAUCAGCCUCUCCAAGGAAGAAUCCUCCGAUCAGGCAUCUCUGUCUUGUGACCACAAUGGUAUCUGCAAGGGCAGCUCGGGAUCUUUAAACUCCAUUCCCUCAGGGCUCACAGCAGCUGUAAAAAGCCUUGACCUGUCUAACAACAGGAUCACCUACAUUAGCAACAGUGACCUACAGAAGUGUGUGAACCUCCAGACUCUGGUGCUAACAUCUAAUGGAAUUAACAGAAUAGAGGAAGAUUCUUUUUCUUCCCUUGGCAGUCUUGAACAUUUAGACUUAUCCUAUAAUUACUUAUCUAAUUUAUCAUCCUCCUGGUUCAAGCCCCUUUCUUCUUUGACAUUCUUAAACUUACAGGAGAAUCCUUACAAAAUCCUUGGGGAAACAUCUCUUUUUUCUCAUCUCACAAAAUUGCGAAUCCUGAGAGUAGGAAAUAUGGACACCUUCACUAAGAUUCAAAGAAAAGAUUUUGCUGGACUUACCUUCCUUGAGGAACUUGAGAUUGAUGCUUCAAAUCUACAGAGUUAUGACCCAAAAAGUUUGAAGUCAAUUCAGAACGUAAGUCAUCUGGUCCUUCAUAUGAAGCAGCAUACUUUACUGUUGGAGAUUUUCGUAGAUAUUACAAGUUCCGUGGAAUAUUUGGAACUGCAAGAUACUGAUUUGGACACUUUCCAUUUUUCAGAACUAUCCACUGGUGAAACAAAUUCAUUGAUUAAAAAGUUUACAUUUAGAAAUGUGAAAAUCACCGAUGAAAGUUUGUUUCAAGUCCUGAAACUUUUGAAUCAGAUUUCUGGACUGUUAGAAUUAGAGUUUGAUGACUGUACCCUUAAUGGAGUUGGUAAUUUUAGAGCACCUGAUAAUGGCAGAGCUAUAGAUCCAGGUAAAGUGGAGACGUUUACAGUCCGGAGGCUGCAUAUUCCACAGUUUUACCUAUUUUAUGAUCUGAGUACUUUAUAUUCACUCACAGAAAGAGUUAAAAGAAUCACAGUAGAAAACAGUAAAGUUUUUCUGGUUCCUUGUUCACUUUCACAACGUUUAAAAUCAUUAGAAUACUUGGAUCUCAGUGAAAAUUUGAUGGUUGAAGAACAGUUGAAAAAUUCAGCCUGUGAGGAUGCCUGGCCCUCUCUGCAAACUUUAAUUUUAAGGCAAAAUCACCUGGCAUCAUUGGAAGAGACCGGAAAGACUUUGCUUACUCUGAAAAACUUGAUCAACCUUGAUGUCAGUAAGAAUAGUUUUCAUUCUAUGCCUGAAACUUGUCAGUGGCCAGACAAGAUGAAAUAUUUGAACUUAUCCAGCACGCGAAUACACAGUGUAACAGGCUGCAUUCCCAAGACACUGGAAAUUUUAGAUGUUAGCAACAACAACCUCAAUUUAUUUUCUUUGCAUUUGCCGCAACUGAAAGAACUUUAUAUUUCCAGAAAUAAGUUGGCGACUCUACCAGAUGCCUCCCUCUUACCUGUGUUACUAGUGUUGAAAAUCAGUAAGAAUACAAUAAAUAUGUUUUCUAAGGAGCAACUUGACUCUUUUCACACACUGAAGACUUUGGAAGCUGGUGGCAAUAAUUUCAUUUGCUCCUGCGAAUUCCUCUCCUUCACUCAGAAGCAGCAAGCAUUGGCCAAAGUUCUGAUCGAUUGGCCAGAAAACUACCUGUGUGACUCUCCAUCCCAUGUGCGUGGCCAGCGGGUUCAGGAUGUCCGCCUCUCGGUGUCAGAAUGCCACAGGGUGGCACUAGUGUCUGGUAUGUGCUGUGGCCUGUUCCUGCUGAUCCUACUCACAGUGUGUCUGUGCCACCGUUUCCACGGCCUGUGGUACAUGAAAAUGAUGUGGGCCUGGCUGCAGGCCAAAAGGAAGCCCAGGAAAGCUCCCAACAGGGACAUCUGCUAUGAUGCGUUUGUUUCUUACAGUGAGCGGGAUGCCUACUGGGUGGAGAACCUUAUGGUCCAGGAGCUGGAGAACUUCAACCCCCCUUUCAAGUUGUGUCUUCAUAAGCGGGACUUCAUUCCUGGCAAGUGGAUCAUUGACAAUAUCAUUGACUCCAUUGAAAAGAGCCACAAAACUGUCUUUGUACUUUCUGAAAACUUUGUGAAGAGUGAGUGGUGCAAGUAUGAACUGGACUUCUCCCAUUUCCGUCUUUUUGAUGAGAACAAUGAUGCCGCCAUUCUUGUUCUUCUGGAGCCCAUUGAGAAAAAAGCCAUCCCCCAGCGCUUCUGCAAGCUACGGAAGAUAAUGAACACCAAGACCUACCUCGAGUGGCCCACAGACGAGGCCCAGCAGGAAGGGUUUUGGGUAAAUCUGAGAGCUGCGAUAAAGUCCUAGGUUCCUACAUUUAAGGCCAGUCUUUGUCUAGUUGGAGUCUUUAUACCACUAGUUGUAGUCUUUAUACCACUAGUUGUAAUUAAGUUCAUUCAGACAUAAUUAUAUAAAAACUACAUGGAUGAAGCUGGAAACCAUCAUUCUCAGCAAACUAACACAAGAACAGAAAACCAAACACCACAUGUUCUCACUCGUAAGUGGGAGGUGAACAAUCAGAAC